GUUCGCAGUCCAUACUCGAUUUGUUUUUGCCUCGUAAAAGAACAAGGCCUAUUGGCUAUCCUACGGAAAAAUGUUUGUCUGCGGCAAUUUUUAUUCUCUACAUAUAAUUUCAGAUACCCUGUUUGGAUUCCCUUUUUUAUUUUUAGUUUGUUCUGUAUAAAAGAAUCCCCUUUUCUUGACUUAAUGUUAGUUCAUUUUCAUUUGUUUGUUAAGCAACUGUUUCUUUCACCAACAUGAAAUCGAUACUUCUGUUUAUUUUGUCUCUCUCCAUUGCUGUUCAGUCUGCAUCUGUGCUUCCAGCAGAUCGGUCCUCCUCUUCCUCUGUUCACGUGAAACAAGGUGACAACGAAUACUCUUACAGCAUUCAUGAAAGUCGCGAAGUACAACAAUCGGAAUCUUCUCCCGAAACGAAGCAAAUUCCGCAACAAAUUAUCGCAAAUACUUUGCAGUCAGAAAUAAGUCAAAUAUCUGGAGAGGCGAGAGAUCCGAAAAUCCAGGACCAAGAAAAAAAUCGCGAACAGAGAGGAGUCGAUGGGUCAAACAUUAGUGAUAGUCGGGAAGUCAAGGGUAUAGAAUAUAAAGAAGUAGAUAAUCAGCCACGACAGGGACUGAAUAUCCUGGUGCCAAUCGAAAAUCAACCCCUAGGGGGAUUCCUGAUGCCAGGCCAUCGACAGAUCAAGGGUUUGCAUCUGAUAGAAAGUGAUAACCAACCUCAAACAGAACUGAAAAUUAGCGUCCCUGUCUUUCGUGACAUAAAGGAACAGGAAGUGAAGGCAACCGAAGGUCAAUCCCAAGAGGAACUGAAGAUCAGUAUUCCUGGCUAUCGAUUGAUACCGACAACUGAUGUUCAGUAUACAUUGAACCAACCUCUGUACUAUCCUUAUUAUCCACUGUAUGGAAAUAAUGUAUACAAUUUUGUGAGAUAUGUUUGAGGAUAUGUCUGAGAGGUUCAUGAAUUGAGAGGUUGAGGGUAUUUUCGAAAAAGUUUUUUUCGAGGAUGGAUAUUCAAGUACUAAAUAAAAGAAUGUGCCAUUUA